GUCCACAACAUGGCCGGCUGGAGCCUGGCACCGCCAUGGCGACAUUCUUGUCACUUUCCUAACAAUCCUCUUUUUUAUACCUUUUGCACGACUUUUUUAAACGGCAUCGCGUAGUAAGUAAAAACGACGAGUGACAAGUGCGCGGACGAUGUGACAGUGACGAUGGGAUUUCCUUGACCACGCGGCCAGACGUCCACAAAAUAAUACGAAGAAAGUGCAAGACGGACCUAACAACGAUCGAAUCUGAGAAAGAGAUACAGGUGCCACACCGGGACGGUGUUGUUAAGUGUGCAGUGAUCACGGGUGACCGAGGAAAGACGAGAAAGAGGGUGGUCAAUAUGACUCCUAUCUUCCUCGUUCUGUUGGUGGCAAUCGACCCGAUUAUCGCGCAGAAUGGUGAUCCACCGACGAUCCUGGUGAGGCCUCAAUCGCAGCAGGUGAAGGCAGGUGGAAUAGCGAGUUUCUUUUGCACGGCUCAAGGAGCACCGCCCCCCCAAAUACACUGGAGGAAAAACGGCAAGAGAAUUUCGCAAUCCCAGUCACGAUACCUGGUACAUACGUACGAGCAUGGAGCUUUACUACGGAUCGAACCUGUCAAAACGGCACGAGACAGUACAACAUACGAGUGCGUUGCGGAAAACGGAGUCGGCGAUGCGGUAUCCGCCGAGGCUCAGCUCACCGUUUACGAAGCGGAAAAUUUACCAGCGGGCUUUCCGAUGAUCACACAAGCGCCAGCAGCGAAGGUGGUUGAGAUGGGUCAUAAUGCCGUUCUGCUUUGCGGUGCCAUUGGUUCGCCAACGCCCAUCAUUUCUUGGGUUCGAAAUAUGCUGCCCAUGGACACGUCCAAUCCACGUUUCACGGUUCUGGAUUCUGGUACAUUGCAAAUCACAAACUCUAUCAGUAGCGACCAGGCAAAAUACGAAUGCGUGGCGAACAAUUCUGUUGGCACGGAAUAUUCGAAAUCAACUCUGCUAUACGUUAAAGUUCGUCGCGUUGCCCCGAGCUUCUCGAUACCACCGCCAACUCUGAGCGAGGUCACGCUAGGAGCAUCAUUGAAUUUGAACUGCGUUGCUGUUGGUGCACCUAUGCCGGUUGUACAAUGGCGAAAAUAUCCAGCUACUGACAUAACACCCGACGACAAUCUACCAGUUGGAAAAAAUGUUCUCUAUCUUACGGACAUACAAGAAUCAGCUAAUUAUACUUGCACGGCGUCCAGUCCAAUUGGUGUAAUACACGCUACUUCUAUGGUGAAAGUUCAAUCACUUCCUGGUCCACCUGAAAACAUUCAAGUGUCCGACAUAACUGCAACAUCCGUCAAACUGAGCUGGUCUUACAAGGGACCGGACGAGUUGCAAUACUACGUAAUCCAACACAAGCCUAAACAGGCUAAUCAGCCGUUCACCGAGAUUUCCGGUAUCACAACGAUGUAUUACCACGUCAGAGGUCUUAGCCCUUACACCGAGUACGAGCUUUAUGUGAUAGCCGUGAACCACAUAGGCCGUGGUCCCCCAAGUGCCCCGGUGACCGUCACCACUGGUGAAACAACGGAAUCAACGAAUGGAGGUGCCAAACCGGGUACUGCGCCAAGGAAGGUUCAGGUCCGACCUUUGAGUUCCAGCACAAUGGUUAUACAAUGGGACGAACCAGAAACACCUAAUGGUCAAGUGACGGGUUACAAGGUUUAUUACACGAUGGAUCCGAAUCAACCAAUGGCGUCAUGGCAAUUUCAAAUGGUCGACAACAGUCAGUUAACAACAUUAUCCGAUUUGACACCUCACACGAUAUAUACCAUCCGAGUACAGGCACUUACAAGCGUUGGACCUGGCCCUUUAAGUGCGCCCAUACAAAUUAAAACGCAACAAGGGGUACCAAGUCAACCAGAGAUGUUGACCGUUGUAGACGUUGGGGAGACCAAGGUGACGCUCCGUUGGAGCAAGCCAGCUCAUAGCAGUGAGAAUAUUCUCAGCUAUGAGCUUUAUUGGAAUGAUACUUAUGCGAAGGAAAAACACCAUCGGAGAAUACCAGUGACCGAGAAUUACACCUUGAUCGGUCUCUACCCGAACACGCUUUAUUACAUCUGGUUAGCCGCUAGAAGUCAACGCGGGGAGGGUGCAACAACUAUACCUUGUCCAGUUCGCACGAAACAGUACGUACCCGGGGCUCCGCCUCGCAAUGUAACCGGCCAAGCGAUCAGCCCGACCUCCAUAUUGGUAACAUGGGAACCCCCACCUGCCGAACGCUCCAACGGGAGGAUAUCUUACUACAGACUACAAGUCGUCGAGAGCGGACGCUCCGAUUCCGAGGCGAAGGUUAUCAAACUGAAUCAGACGCGAUUCGUCUUGGACGAGCUCAAAAAGUGGACCGAGUAUCGGAUCUGGGUAUUGGCGGGGACCAGCGUAGGUGAUGGGCCCCCGAGUUAUCCUAUCUCGGUCAGAACUCAUGAGGACGUGCCAGGAGAUCCUCAAAACGUCAAAGUAACGUCGAUCAAUUCGACGGCGAUACACGUCGAAUGGGAUGCGCCCAAGGCGAAGGACCAAAAUGGGGUUAUUAGGGGUUACCACAUACACGUACAAGAAGUACGAGAAGAAGGAAGAGACGACGUGUUUAACGAACCUAUACGUCGCGACGUCCAAGAGGACGGUGUACGUGAAAUAAAUAUCACAGGACUACAACCGGAUACAAGGUACUCCGUACAGAUAGCCGCGUUGACGAGAAAAGGUGACGGUGAUCGAUCGGCACCGGUUCACGUUAGAACACCAGGCGGGGUACCAAAUAGACCUCAAGUUAACAUAAAAGUCCUCAGCAGAGAUCCCGUCGUACUUGAAUUAGAAUGGAUGGAACCAACCCAAACAUAUGGCGAUUUAUUGGGUUUUAGAAUUCGUUAUGGUAUUAAAAAUCAAACGCUUAAAAAAGAAUUCAUUCGUGGGACUCGUCAGCAUACUUACAAAAUCAACGAUCUCGAAGAACGCGGCGUCGAAUACGAGUUUAGAGUUGCCGGUCAGAACAGUAUAGGAUACGGUCAAGAAACUGUACAAUAUUGGUCAAGUCCCGAGGGAGAACCUAGCGGAUCACCAACCAAUUUGUCUUACUUCUUCCAAACGCCUGACACCCUCUGCGUCACUUGGGACAAACCUUUGAGACAACAUAGGAACGGCCAGAUCAUUGGUUACGAUGUUCAGUUCAAUAAAAAGAACGAUCAUUCGUCGAUUAUAGAAAGGAACACGACGAAAACGCGAGAGGUAUUUUCAAAUUUGGAAGAGGACACAGAAUACGUUUUUCAUGUUAGAGCUAGAACAAUGAGAGGUAGCGGUCCAUAUUCCGAAAAGAUAACGAUAAUAACGGAAAAAGAUAUCGGUAGAGCACCGAUGUUCGUCAAGGCCGUUGCAACUUCCGAAUCGAGCGUCGAAGUUUGGUGGGAACCAGUACCUAAUCGCGGCAAGAUCGUUGGUUAUCAAGUUUUUUAUACUACGACACCGGUCGAGGAUCUUGACGAGUGGAAGCAAAAGACAGUUGGAUUGACUGAAUCAACCGACCUGGUUAAUCUCGAGAAAUUCACUCAAUAUGCGAUAACCGUUGCCGCAAGAUAUAAAACUGGUCUCGGUAGGAUCAGUCAAAAGAUCACAGUAACUGUCAAACCGGAAGAUGUGCCUUUGAAUCUCAGAGCACCGGAAUCGUCAACACACUCUAUGACGUUAUCAUGGACACCACCUAUAAGACUGAAUCCAACCAAUUACAAGGUGUCCUUCGACGCGGUUAAAGAGUUCGUCGAUUCUCAAGGUAUAACGCAAACUCAAAUCGUACCACGUCGGCAAAUCUUAUUUGAUCCUAGUGUCACUAGUACAACCAUUAACGAACUACAACCAUUUACUACGUACAACGUUAACGUCAGUGCCGUACCACGCGAUGGACAAUACAGGCCACCUGCUAAAAUUACCGUAACCACACAAAUGGCAGCACCGAAGCCUAUGGUAAAGCCAGACUUUUAUGGCGUCGUCAAUGGCGAAGAGAUUCAAGUGAUCCUACCUCAGGCGUCCGAAGAGUAUGGACCAAUUUCUCAUUAUUAUUUGAUCGUCGUACCUGAAGAUAAAUCUACGGCUGACAAACAGCCCGAUGAACUUACCGAAGAUAUGAUUACCGGGAAGGGUGCCAAACAGGAACGAGAAAACGCACCGUAUAUCGCUGCUAAGUUCCCCCAUAGAGACAUUCCUUAUACUUUCCACUUGGGAAGUGGCGAUAUAUAUGAGGGAUAUGAAAACAGAAAGUUGGAGAGAAAUAAGAGAUAUAGAAUUUUUGUACGUGCUGUGGUCGAUACUCCUAGAAAGCAUCUCUACACUUCUUCGCCUUUCUCCGAGUAUCUUUCAUUGGACAUGAGAGAAGUUCCACCAGGCGAACCACCGCGGCGGCCAAACCCAAAUACUCCAGUCGAUGGAAAUCCUGAAGUGUCCGUUAAAACCAGCGGACAGGAGCCCGGUAUGGUUUGGGUAAUCGGACCUAUAAUAGCAGCACUUAUGGUCAGCAUCUUUCUGAUUCUAUUAUUCGUAAUAAAAAAACGAAGGCAACCAUGCAAGGCACCAGAUCAGGCCGCAGUAACUCGACCGCUUAUGGCAGCAGACAUUAGUUCGAAUCAUGCACCGUCCGAUCCAGUCGAGAUGAGACGUUUGAAUUUCCAAACACCCGGCAUGAUAUCACACCCACCGAUACCCAUAAGCGAAUUGGGAAAUCAUAUCGAACGAUUGAAAGCAAGCGACAAUUUAAAGUUCAGUCAAGAAUACGAGUCGAUCGAACCCGGUCAGCAGUUCACUUGGGACCACUCGAAUAUGGAAGUGAACGCGUCAAAGAAUCGCUAUGCCAACGUGAUCGCCUACGAUCAUUCUCGAGUGAUCCUUCAAACGGUCGAUGGGAUGCCAGGGUCCGACUAUAUAAACGCGAACUAUUGCGAUGGUUAUAGAAAGCAGAACGCAUACGUGGCAACUCAAGGACCACUUCAAGAGACCUUCGGUGAUUUUUGGCGAAUGUGUUGGGAACUUCGUACUAGUACGAUCGUUAUGAUGACGAAACUCGAGGAAAGGACUAGAAUAAAAUGCGAUCAGUAUUGGCCAACAAGAGGUUCAGAAACUUAUGGCCAGAUGACGGUCACCAUUACCGAUAUCCAAGAGCUUGCUACCUAUUGUAUCCGUACUUUCCAGGUUUGUAGAGCCGGUUAUUCGGAGAGACGCGAGAUAAAGCAAUUGCAAUUCACUGCAUGGCCUGAUCACGGUGUUCCGGAACACCCAGCACCAUUUUUACAAUUUUUGCGAAGAGUUAGGUCAUUAAACGUACCGGACAGCGGCCCAUUGGUGGUACAUUGUAGCGCUGGCGUUGGCAGAACCGGUUGUUUCAUCGUCAUAGAUUCUAUGCUCGAACGUAUAAAGCAUGAAAAAAUGAUCGACAUAUAUGGACACGUGACGUGUCUGCGAGCUCAGAGAAAUUACAUGGUACAGACUGAAGAUCAGUACAUAUUUAUUCAUGACGCCCUACUCGAAGCGGUGAUAUGCGGUAACACCGAGGUACCAGCUAGAAAUCUACAUUCUCACAUUCAAAAGCUCAUGCAACCUGAAAUCGACAAUAUUACCGGGAUGGAAUUGGAAUUUAAGAAAUUGUCUAACAUCAAAGCUGACUCAACGAGAUUCAUAUCGGCUAAUUUACCAUGCAACAAGCAUAAAAAUCGAUUGGUUCAUAUCUUACCCUACGAAUGUAGCAGAGUUUGUUUACAACCACAACGUAACAUCGAAGGUUCCGAUUAUAUAAACGCUAGUUUAAUCGAUGGGUACAGAUAUCGCGGUGCAUACAUUGCAACCCAGGGUCCUCUUUGCGACACCACUGAUGACUUUUGGCGUAUGUUAUGGGAGCAUAAUUCGACGAUCGUCGUAAUGUUGACUAAGCUGAAAGAAAUGGGUAGAGAAAAGUGCCAUCAGUAUUGGCCAUCCGACAGAUCUAUUCGUUAUCAGUGCUUCGUAGUAGAUCCCAUUGCUGAAUACAACAUGCCGCAAUACAUUUUACGUGAAUUCAAGGUCACCGACGCACGAGACGGAGCAAGCCGUACAGUUAGACAAUUUCAAUUCAUCGAUUGGCCGGAACAAGGUGUACCUAAGUCAGGUGAUGGUUUUAUCGAUUUCAUCGGUCAAGUUCAUAAAACCAAGGAACAAUUUGGUCAGGAUGGACCAAUCACUGUACAUUGUAGCGCCGGCGUAGGUAGAACGGGUGUCUUCAUAACGCUUAGUAUCGUCCUUGAACGUAUGCAAUACGAAGGUGUUGUCGAUAUAUUCCAAACAGUGAGAAUAUUGCGUACGCAACGUCCUGCCAUGGUACAAACGGAAGAUCAAUAUCAGUUCUGUUAUCGUGCCAGUUUGGAAUAUUUGGGAUCGUUCGAUCAUUACGCCAACUGACAAGCCGAUAAUCGGGAGCAAAGAGAUGCUACGAGAGAUCGAAGGGAACGGCAAAAAAAUGAAAGGGAUAUCGGAGAAAGGGCUAAAGUACGACGUGUUUAGUACAAUGGAGUAUAUCGUGUUAAGUGUGCAGGAAAAUGAGUAAAGCGUAGUUUUCAUGCGUAACAUUUUACUCGUACCUUCCAAGGACAAUUUAUUGUAGUCGCUAAAGCGAUUGUAAUCGCUGAUGUAUCACAGACGGUUUAAAAAAAAAAAAAAAGAGGAAAACGGCAAAAAAAAUAAAUAAAUAAGUAAACAAGUAAAUAAAUAAAAUAAAUAAAUAAAUAAAUAAAUAAAUAAGUAAACAAAUAAAUAAAUAAAUAAAUAAAAAGAAAAAUAAUAAUGGUAGACGAUGAAGAAGUGCAAUAGUCGAAUGGUGUUGCAGCACACAUAAUCGCGCAAGGAAAUUUUCAUUCUUGACGGUAAUUUAAAUAUAUAAAUAUAGAAAAGCAUUCAAACAACUUUUAUCCUGAAAUGUAAGAAGCAAAACUAGAAGGAUGAAAAGUGAGAUGAGAAGGAGAGGAAAAUGAUGAAGAAAAAAAAAAGAAGAAGAAGAAGAAGAAGAAGAAGUUGUCGUCUAAAUAAAUAGAUUUUAGAGCUCAAAGGUAAAAAAAAAAGCUCGACUCGCAAUUGUAGCUAUAGCUAGCAGCGAGCUAAAGCAGAAAAAAAAAGAAAAAAGAAAAAAAG